AUUUCGAAGUGUAUUGGGUAUAUAUUAACUUGGAAGACGCAUCUUCCUCAGUUCCUUUGGAACCAUUAAAGUGAAAAGUUUGGUGAAUGCGUAAAAAUGAAUUUUACGCAUUUUAUUUUUGCUCUUGUUAUUUGUGUAGUAGCCGCUGCAGAUGACGGCUACGAACACUACGGCCAGGUCAAGGGAUGGUUGAAGGUCCAUACGCCUACAACGUGGAGGACCGCUCGUCUCACCUGCUUCGAGGAAGGUGGUGUGCUGGCUUCACCAGAAAAUGAAGCUCUCCUGGAGGCCAUGAGCGCCGCUAUGCUGGCUCACCCCAAAACAUCCCCGUACAUCUUCACUGGCAUCCACGAUACUUUCUCAAAAGGCCUCUUCUAUUCCCUGGGAGGUAUUCCUCUGAAGAAGAUACCCGUUCCCUGGGCACCCGGCAAACCUGAGGGCAAGAACGACGAGAGCUGCGUGAGCAUGCCUUACGAUGGAAUGCUCGUUGAUAGUCCGUGCACCGACGAACUGCCCUUCAUCUGCUUUAAGAAGGACGUCGUCCCUAAGGUGCCUAACUGCGGUCCUGAGGACAACGGAUACGCUUACAGCGCCAAAACCGGCAGCUGCUACAAGUUCCACAGGGAAGACAAAUGGUGGAAGGAUGCCUUCGCCUCCUGCGACAGCGAGGGUGGCUACCUGGCCAUCAUCAACAGUGACGAAGAAGCCGAGGUCCUGAAGAAGCUGUUCAGAGCCAACCAGUUCGGACGUAGGGAAGGACAAGUGCCAGACUGGGUUAAUGGAGUAGCUCAUAUUGGAUUCGUUGACUGGGGCAGGGAAGGUGGCUUGUGGAUGACUAUUCAUGGUCAAACCCUCGAAGAGGCCGGCUACCUAGAGUGGAACCACGGCGAGCCCAACAACGCGACCAACCAGUUCUGCGGAGGCAUGUUCCUGAACGGACGUUUUGAUGACGUCAACUGUUACGAUGGAGACCCAGACCAGUGGACCCGCUCCUUCAUCUGCGAGAAGGAGCCAGAGUUCGUGGAGAAUGUGCCAGAGUACGACAACAUGGUUACUACUGUUGCUUAAAAUUGUGACGAAUUUGUUGCCAUCAAAAUUAAAAAUACAGACUUAAUUUAGUUUAUACCUC